AUGAAGACACCUGAGCUGGGCUUUCUUCUAGCACUCUUCAUCUUCUGCUCGCUGACAACCCCAUUAUUGGGUGGUGUUAAGAAAGUUGCUGAGAUGAUAUGCGGAGAUACCAAAGAUCCCUGCCUUAUGGACAUGGAUUCUGGCAGCUGCUUUGAAAUUCACUUCAGAUUUUUCUACAACAAAACCUCCAAAAAGUGUGAAAGUUUUUACUACAGUGGCUGCGAUGGCAAUCUUAACAACUACAAACUUCAAAUAGAAUGUGAAGUAAACUGUGUUAAAGAAUUCAAAGAACGGUAA